AUGGACUUCACCCAAGAGGAAUGGGCAUUGCUGAAUUCAUCUCAGAGAAAACUGUACAGAGAUGUGAUGCUGGAGAACUAUAGAAACUUGGCUUCACUGGGACCUCAAUUCAGAAAACCCACUCUGAUCACCCAUAUGGAGCAGAAAGAUGAAAUGCAGAUAGUGGAGAGAAGAAUUCACCAAGACACCUGUUCAGAUGGGAUGAUUUUCCUGAAAACCAAACAAUCACAACAUAAACAAGAUAUUGUGGAGAAAGAAACAUUCAGUGUCAAGAAGGAGGAGCAAACUCAUGAAGGCAAACCUAUGGAGUGGAGUGAAAUCGUUGAAACCUUAAGCGUGAAAUCUAGUAUUACUCAGAAUCAGAGAAUUCAUCCUGGAGAGAAACCCCACCAAUGCCUUGACUCUGGGAAAGCUCUCACAGAUUGUUCACAUCUUAAGCCACCUGAGAGAAUUCUUCAUGGGGAAAAAUCCUAUGAAGGUAGAAAAGAUGAAAAUGCCUUCAACAGGAGCUCUUACUUAGCUGUGCACAAGAGACAAUAUACAAGAGAGAAAUCCUGUGAAUACAGCGACGGUGGGAAAGUCUUAAGUUCAACCUUAUACCUUGAGAAGCAUGAAAAAACUCACAUUAGAGAGAAAUCUUUUGAAUGUAGUCAGUGUGGUAAAGUAUUACAGAGCCACUCAUCCAUGAAGUUGCACAUGAGAACCCACACUGGAGAAAAACGUUUUAAGUGUAAUCAGUGUGGGAAAACCUACAGCUCAACCUCUUACCUUACACGGCACAAAAGAAUUCAUACUGGGGAGAAACCUUAUAAAUGUCAUGACUGUGGAAAAACCUUCAGAGAUAGCUCACUUCUCAGACAACAUCAAGGAGUUCAUUUAAGAGAAAAACUCUACAAAUGUAAUCAAUGCAGCAAAACCUUCAGUAGGAGCUCUACACUUACCCUGCACAAGACAAUACAUACUGGAGAGAAACCCUACGCAUGUGAUGAUUGUGGGAAAACCUUCAGCAUUCUCCCAUACCUUAGAAGACAUGAGAGAAUCCACACUAGAGAGAAGAAGUCCAUUGAAUGUAGCCACUGUGGAAAAGUACUAAGUUGUCAGUCAUCCCUUAAGACACACCUGCGGAUGCAUACCGGAGAGAAACCUUACAAGUGCGAUCAAUGCGGAAAAACUUUUAGGAUGAGCUCUAAUCUUAUUGUGCACAAGAAAAUUCAUACUGGCGAGAAACCCUGUAAGUGCAAUGACUGUGGAAAAGCCUUCAGGGAUCACACAUGCCUGAAAGAACAUGUGAGAAUUCACACGGGAGAAAAACCCUUUACAUGUAAUCAAUGUGGAAAAGCCUUCAGGGUGAAAUCUUUCCUUAUUUUGCACAAGAAAAUUCACAUGAGAAGGAAAGAAUAUGAAUGUAAGGAAUGCGGGAAAGUCUUCAGUGGUCUCUUAUCUCACAAGAGACAUAUGAAAAGUCAUACCAGAGAAAAGAAACCCUUUAAGUGUAGUGAGUGUGGAAAAGCCUUUAGGAGAGAGUACAUACUGGAGAAAAACCCUAUAAAUGCAAUGUCUGUGGGCAAGCUUUCAGUAAACUCGUAUCCCUUCGGCAUCAUGAGAAAACUCAUGCUGGAUAAAACUUCUAAUGACAUCCAUGUAGAAUAG